CAGGCAGGGAUAACCAAAGCUACCGAAAAAGAGUUUUGUUCAAUAAAGAAACAUGGAUACAAUCGUUCUGCAUUCUCUCCUCUUCUGUUCUGCAAUUCUGAGAGUUGGAUCGCAGUUCUCGGCUGGGGGCUGUACCUUUGAUGACGGCCCUGCCCAGUGUGACUACCAGCAGGAGCCAUAUGAUGACUUUGAUUGGACGCAUGUCAGUGCUCAGGAGGCGGCAUACCUGUCCUCCCAGCUCCCGCAAGGAUCGUAUAUGAUGGUGGACUCUUCCCUGCACGACGUUGGGGAGAAAGCCCGCCUCCUGCUGCCGGUGAUGAAGGAGAAUGACACGCACUGCAUCGACUUCAACUACCUGCUGUUCUCCGAGGACGGCUCCAGCCCCGGCACACUCAACAUCUUGGUGAAGGUCAACAAAGGUCCCCUGGCCAAUCCCAUCUGGAAUGUGACCAGCUACACAGGUGAUGACUGGCUGCGGGCGGAGCUGGCCGUUAGCACCUUCUGGCCUAACGAGUACCAGGUCAUAUUUGAAGCAGAGGUCUCCGAUGGGAAGAGUGGUUACAUUGCGAUUGAUGACGUCCAGGUUUUGAGCUAUCCAUGUGAUAAAUCGCCUCACUUCCUGCGUCUCGGAGAUGUGGAAGUCAACGCAGGGCAGAACGCCACUUUCCAAUGUAUUGCCACGGGCCGCGACGCUGUCAAUAACAGACUGUGGCUGCAGAGAAGGAAUGGGGAGGAUAUUCCAGUGACAUACACCAAGAACAUCAACCACAGGAGGUUCGCCGCCUCCUUCCAGCUGAAAGAAGUGACCAGUCAGGAGCGAGACCUGUAUCGGUGCGUUACCCAAUCACAGCGCGGUGCAGGAGUGUCCAACUUCGCCAGGCUCAUUAUCCAUGAACCACCACGGCCCAUUGCUCCGCCUCAGCUGCUAGCAGUUGGGCCUACAUACCUCCAGAUCCAACUCAACGCCAACUCCAUAUUUGGGGAUGGGCCCAUUGUCACAAAGGAGGUGAUGUACCGCAUGACAUCCGGCAGCUGGACGGAGACCCAUGUGGUCAACGCCCCCACCUACAAGCUGUGGCACCUGGACCCUGACACUGAGUACGAGAUCCGAGUUCUGCUCACCAGGCCCGGAGAAGGGGGCACAGGCCAACCUGGACCCCCCCUCAUCACUAGGACCAAGUGUGCAGAACCGAUGCGGACCCCAAAGAGCCUAAAGAUCGCAGAGACUCAGGCCCGCUUCAUAGUAGUGGACUGGGAGUCCCUGGGCUACAACAUCACUCGCUGCCACACCUUCAACCUCACCAUCUGCUACCAUUACCACGGCGCCAACAACCAGACUAAGGCAGACUGCCUGGACAUGGACCCAAAAGCGCCACGUCAUGUGGUGGGGAACCUGCCGCCCAACACCAACGUCACCCUGAAGAUGAUCCUCACCAACCCAGAGGGACGCAAGGAGAGCGACGAGGUGGUCAUCCACACAGAUGAGGACGUGCCCAGUGCUGUCCCCAGCCGAUCCAUGAAGGCCACUCCCUUUGAAGACCGCAUAUUCCUGCACUGGAAGGAACCACUAGAGCCCAAUGGUAUCAUCACCCAGUAUGAGAUCAGCUACAGCAGCGUGCGGUCCUUCGACCCUUCGGUGCCUCUCCUGCAGCCCCCCCUGACCGUGUCCCUGCCCUGGAACGCCUCUCACCACGUUUUCCCCCAGCUGCACCCCGGCACCACCUACCAGUUCAGCAUCCGUGCCAGCACCGUCAAGGGCUUCGGCCCGCCUACCACCCUCAACGUCACCACCAACAUCUCCGCUCCCACAUUAGAAGAAUACGAUGGCCUGGAGGCAUUUCUGAAUGAGACCGCCACCACAAUCACUGUCCUGCUCAAGCCAGCCCAGGCCAAAGGCGCCCCCAUCAGCUCCUACCAGAUCGUGGUGGAGGAGUUAAAUCCCCAUCGCUCUCGGAGGGAGGCCAGCUCUGUGGACUGCUACCAGGUCCCUGUGUCUUAUCAGAGCGCCUCCAGCGGCGCUUCACCCUAUUACUUCGCCGCCGAGCUGCCGCCCAGCAACCUCCCCGAGCCCUCGCCGUUCACCGUGGGAGACAACAAGACCUACCAGGGCUUCUGGAAUCCUCCGCUGGCCCCCAGGAAGAACUACAACAUUUACUUCCAGGCGGUCAGCAGCGUGGAGAAGGAAACAAAGACUCAGUGUCUGAGACUUGCAACAAAAGGGGCGACCGAGGAGCCCGAGGUGAUUCCGGAUCCGGCCAAGCAGACUGACAGAGUGGUGAAGAUCGCUGGCAUUGGGGCAGGAGUGCUGGUCUUCAUCCUCCUCCUCCUCCUCGCCAUCCUGCUGGUGAAAAAGAGGAGGACCUACUAUUCUUACUCCUAUUACCUGAAACUUGCCAAGAAACGUAAGGAUGCCAUCGGGAACACAAGGCAGGAGAUGACCCACAUGGUGAAUUCCAUGGACCGGAGCUACGCUGAUCAGAGCACCAUGCACGCUGAGGACCCCAUGUCUGUCACCUUCAUGGACUCACACAACUUUAACAACAGAUUGCCCAGUGACCCUCUUGUGCCAACCGCUGUGCUAGUGCCAAUAACUGACGAGAACCACACGGUGUCUGCCGAAUCCAGCCGCCUGCUGGAUGUCCCGCGGUACCACUGCGAGGGGACGGAGUCGCCCUACCAGACGGGCCAGCUGCACCCCGCCAUCCGCGUGGCGGACCUGCUGCAGCACAUCAACCUGAUGAAGACCUCGGACAGCUACGGUUUCAAGGAGGAGUACGAGAGUUUCUUUGAAGGCCAGUCUGCCUCCUGGGAUGUGGCCAAGAAAGAGCAGAAUCGGACCAAGAAUCGCUAUGGAAACAUCAUUGCAUACGACCACUCCAGAGUAAUCCUGCAGCCAAUGGCAGAUGACCCCUCCUCCGAUUACAUCAACGCCAACUACAUUGAUAUUUGGCUGUACAGGGAUGGUUAUCAGAGGCCAAGUCAUUACAUUGCUACGCAAGGGCCAGUCCAUGAGACAGUCUAUGACUUCUGGAGAAUGGUCUGGCAGGAGCAGUCUGCCUGUGUUGUCAUGGUGACCAACCUGGUGGAAGUUGGACGAGUCAAGUGCUAUAAGUAUUGGCCAGACGAUGCCGAGCUUUAUGGGGAUUUUAAAGUGACCUUUGUGGAGGUGGAGCCUCUUGCCGAAUAUGUGGUCAGAACGUUUACGCUGGAGCGGAGAGGGUUUAAUGAGCUGCGAGAGGUGAAGCAGUUCCACUUCACGGGCUGGCCGGAUCAUGGCGUGCCCUACCAUGCCACGGGCCUUCUGUCCUUCAUCCGCCGGGUCAAGAUGUCCAACCCGCCCAGCGCCGGACCCAUCGUGGUGCACUGCAGUGCCGGCGCCGGACGGACAGGUUGCUACAUCGUGAUCGACAUCAUGCUGGACAUGGCCGAGAGGGAGGGCGUGGUGGACAUCUACAACUGCGUGAAGGCUCUGCGCUCGAGACGCAUCAACAUGGUGCAGACAGAGGAGCAGUACAUCUUCAUCCAUGAUGCUAUUCUAGAGGCUUGCCUCUGUGGGGAGACCGCCAUCCCCACCUGCGAGUUCAAGGCCACCUACUACGACAUGAUCAGAAUAGACUCCCAGAGCAACUCCUCACACCUGAAAGACGAAUUCCAGACAUUGACCUCGGUGACCCCCCAGCCCCAGGCAGAAGACUGCAGCAUCGCCCUGCUGCCCCGGAACCAUGAGAAGAACCGCUUCAUGGACGGGCUGCCCCCCGACCGCUGCCUGCCUUUUCUCAUCACCAUCGACGGGGAGAGCAGCAAUUACAUCAACGCCGCCCUGCUGGACAGUUACAGGCAGCCUGCAGCCUUCAUCGUCACCCAACACCCUCUGCCCAACACCAUAAAGGACUUCUGGAGGCUGGUGUACGACUACGGCUGCACCUCCCUCGUCAUGCUCAAUGAGAUCGACCUCACGCAGGGCUGUACUCAGUACUGGCCGGAGGAGGGAAUGCUCCGCUACGGGCCCAUCCAGGUGGAAUGCAUGUCCUGCUCCAUGGAUUGUGAUGUCAUCAGCCGACUCUUCAGAAUAUGUAACCUCACCAGACCUCAGGAGGGUUACCUGAUGGUCCGGCAGUUCCAGUACCUGGCCUGGGCGGCGCACAGAGAGGUUCCUGCAUCCAAGCGCUCCUUCCUCAAGCUCAUUCUGCAGGUGGACAAGUGGCAGGAGGAGUGCGAGGAGGGAGAGGGGCGAACCAUCAUACACUGCCUGAACGGAGGCGGCCGCUGUGGGAUGUUCUGUGCCAUCACUAUCGUGUGCGACAUGAUCAAGCGGCAGAAUGUGGUGGACGUGUUCCAUGCGGUGAAGAGCCUGCGCAACAGCAAACCCAACAUGGUGGAGAGCCUGGAACAAUACCGCUUCUGUUAUGACCUCGCCCUGGAAUACAUCGAGACAUCAUAGCUGAGGGAAUGUUCUGGAAUGCAGUAUACACCUCCUCCAGUUGGAAACAUUGUAACUCUAUCAUUUGUGCUGGAGAGGACGUCUAGUGUACUGUGAGCGGAUUAGAAAUGUCCCUGUUGUACUUAUUGCCACAGAGUGGAAGGCUGGCUUUAGGUCAGGUUUUCUUUACUGUCCUUUCAAUCUGUUCUGAUUUCACAUGCAGCCACUGCUAAAGAAAAUGCUACGAUGUUGCAUGCUAAAGUGUUUUCUGUAUUAUCAUUUUUAAUGAACAAUGUAUACCACAUAUGUCAAACAUAAAUGUGAAAGAAAAAAAAUAUCAAUGCACUCUUUAUAUAUGAAUAUAAGUGCUGGCGUGUGACAUUGGCAUCAUUCAGUUUGUGUUGUGCACUGACAGUUGACUCAGUUUGUUUUUCAAAUCUACAUCAUGAGCCAAAGACUUCUGUGUAAAUAUGAGUGUAUGGACAAAGCAUAUUGUAUUUAUUGUUUUACUUGGAUUCUUUUUUUGAAGGCUGGAAAAACAAUCAUCUUAAUUUCUCCUUUCCUGUGAACUUACCGUGAGAACAUGCUGGGGCAUUUUCUAAGUGUCUGCUUACUAUCAGAGUUCAGCAGUCCCUGGUUUUCAAAGUUUCUCCCUCUCUGUGUUGUAACUGUGGUUUGUUAGUGGAAAUGCUUGUGAAGUUUACCUACACUGACUGCACUGAGGAACGUCCACAUCGAAGUGGUCCCUUUCUGUUUGAGCUUUCACACAUCUAAGUA